AUGGCAGCCGAGAAGGACCAGCAGAAGGAUGGCGAGGCAGAAGGGCUGAGCGCCACGACGCUGCUGCCGAAACUGAUCCCCUCCGGCGUGGGCCGUGAGUGGCUGGAGCGGCACCGCGCCGCCAUCCGGCCCUGGGGCGCCUUCGUGGACCAGCGGUGCUUCUCGCGGCCCCGCAACCUGGGCGAGCUGUGCCAGCGCCUCGUACGCAACGUGGAAUACUACCAGAGCAACUAUGUGUUCGUGUUCCUGGGCCUCAUCGUGUACUGCGUGGUUACAUCUCCCAUGCUGCUGGUGGCCCUGGCCGUCUUCUUUGGUGCCUGUUACAUCCUCUAUCUGCGCACACUGCAGUCCAAGCUUGUGCUUUUUGGCCGAGAGGUGAGCCCAGCCCAUCAGUAUGCUAUGGCGGGAGCUGUCUCCUUUCCCUUUUUCUGGCUGGCUGGCGCAGGUUCGGCCGUCUUCUGGGUUCUGGGAGCCACCCUUGUGGUCAUUGGCUCCCACGCCGCCUUCCACCAGAUCGAAGCCGUGGACGGGGAAGAGCUGCAGAUGGAGCCAGUGUGA